AUGGAUUGGGCUGAAGAAUUAAAAAUGUCUCUAAGAAAAUUACAGACAACAGCCCGUAAAGGACGCCGCUCUAAAAGCCGUGAUGUACUUAAAGAUUCCGCUCAAACAUCUGCAAGUGUUACUUCAAAUUCUAGUGGACAGCUUGCUAGCUCCAAUAAUCCAGAUUUGUCCAUUGAUAUUACGCUGGAGCAGCAGGAGCAAAAACAACAAACGGCCUCCACGAGUAAUAAUAUAUCGACAUCACAAUCGGGUGGUAGUUUUGCUGGUGGCAGUGGUGAUAUUUCAAGUAUUUUGAACUCAUCAUCGGACUCUAAACGUCCACCGGCAUUAAGAAGAAUAUCAGGAGGUUGGGCAGAUUCGGCAGUGGGAAAUAAGCUAAAAUCCAAGAAAGGAUCAUUUGAAGAUGAUCGCUUUGGCUUAAAGUCAUCCGCUAAUAAUUCGCCAACCGAUGAUAUACCCAUUAUACCAGAUUUAGAUGAUAUCAAAGAUGAUAUAUUGAUGAAUGAAAUAGCCGAGCCACCUUCAGUUGCUGUUAAUCGUGUGGUUACGUUGAAGGAACUAAAUUCAGAUUUAUUGGCUCAAAAUGCAUUUUCUGCCAUUGAAGAUGUUGAUCUAUCGAUAUUAACGAAAUGUUUGCAACCUCAGGAAUCUUUGGAUGAAGCUGAUGAGGCAUGGGAAUGGGAGAAACUGUUUACUGAUGUUGUGGCUGAAAUAAAUGCUGAUAAGCCACUGGAAAACAAAAUGAAAAAUUUAGAAUUACGGCCAGAUGAGUUGCCCAAACCAAAUGAUUAAUUUUAUUAAUAUAGCAUUGUAGUUGUCUAAUAUGGGCCGGGUGAUUUAACAAAAUUUUAAACACUAAUCAAUGAUUAAUUUCUUUGAUUAAGCCUUAAUUAUGUUUUAAAUUUUGAUAAGUUACCCGACCCUUUUUAUGCUUUUAUUAAAUACUUAAUUACAUUAAAUUACGCUUUUAAGUUAUAUUAUUUUAACAUACAUACACACAUACAUAUGUAUGUAUGCAAUUAGAAAAAUUCCCAAAAAAUGAUCACAAUAAAAUAAACGAUAGUAA